GUAACUGCAUUUCCUACAAACCCAGCGAAGCAGCAUGAUGUAACGUCCUCGUAGAAGCUAUUCUUCACGGUUUAUUACCGGUCGCUGGAUGGGGAAAGUUAAAGAAGAGAAAUUUCUCCGGCGGUUUCUUACGACAGUUCAGUAAAACCUUUCAGUCCAAAAAGAACAAACCCAUCAAGUUCAAGAGCAGAGUGUCCACCGAAAUAGUAGGAGUGCCGGUGCAUUACAUGAAGUGUUAAGUGAGUUACAAUGUCCCAACCAUGAUCCUGUAUGCCCUCCUGGACCUCCUCUACGUGUUCAUUUAUUUAUUCUGUUACAUAAUGUUCAACGUGCUAACAUACAUGCUCUACGAGGGCAACUUCAUCGAGGGUUUAUCCCGAUACGCCUCAAUCAUAAAAAUCUUCCUGUAAACCCGCGUGUCAUACCAGUGAAAGUGCUCUUUACCGACCUAACCCAACGCCAGAGAAAAGUUCGCGGUUCAUCGACUGCACAAAACAUUAAAAAUGGAAAGUGGUUUCGUCGGGAUUGUCCUCUUCCUCGUCAUCCUCGUGUACUUAUAUUUCAAACACGCCUACACGUACUGGAAGUCCCGGGGCGUCCCGCAGCUCGCUCCCUCGUUCCCGUUCGGGGACAUGGCGAGCGUCAUCUUCAGGCGCCAGAACAUGGCCAACAAAAUCAAAGAAAUUUACGACCUGAUGAGGGCGCAGGGACACAAGUUCGCGGGCUUGUACUUUUUCAGCAGGAAGGCGUUCCUGCCGCUGGAUCCGGUGCUGAUCAAGAAGAUACUCGCUCAGGACUUCCAGCAUUUCCACGAUCGGGGAAUAUAUUACGAUGAGGAGAACGAUCCGAUAAGCGCGCAUCUGUUCUCGUUGGCCGGACCUAAAUGGAAAAAUCUGAGGGCUAAAUUGACACCGGCGUAUUCGCCAGGCAAAUUGAAAUAUAUGUUUCAAACUAUACUGGACUGCGGUGAGGAAAUGGUUGCGAGAUUGAAGGAGAUAGCGGAGAGUGACGGAAGAGUUGAAAUUAAGGAGAUAUUAGCAAGGUACAGCACCGACGUGAUCGGCUCCUGCGCAUUCGGCAUCGAAUGCAACAGCAUGCGGAACCCGGACGCCGAAUUCCGCCUCAUGGGGAAGCGCGCCUUUACCCAGACCGUCGGCGACGUCCUCAAGAUGACCGUCAUCCGCAGCUUCCCGUCCCUCGCCAGACUCCUCGGCCUCGGCGUCUUCACCGCCACCGUCACCCGGUUCUUCCAGGACGUCGUCAACGAGACCAUCCGCUUCCGCGAGGAGAACGGGGUGGCCCGCAGCGACUUCCUGCAGCUGCUCAUCCAGCUCAAGAACCGGGGCAGGCUCGAGGGCGACGGCGACGAGCGGGAGGCGGCGCCCGCCGUCGGGACGUCUUUGACGCUGGACGAGGCCGCAGCGCAAGCCUUCAUUUUCUUCUUGGCUGGGUUCGAGACGACGUCCACUACAAUCAGCUUCGCCUUGUUUGAGAUGGCCCAAAACGAGGCCAUACGCAACAAAGCGCGGGCUGAAAUUAGCAGGGUGCUGGAGAGGCACAGCGGAAAAUUGACUUAUGACGCAGCGAUGGAGAUGGAAUAUUUAGAUACGAUUAUUUCAGAGACGCUGCGUAAAUAUCCGCCAGCGCCGGUGUUCCUGAGGAAAUGUACGAAAACUUAUCGUGUACCGGAAACCGACGUUAUUAUCGAGGAGGGAUUAUCGGUGUUGAUCCCGGCUUAUGGAUUACACAGAGAUCCGGAAUAUUUCCCGGAUCCCGAAAACUUCGAUCCAGGACGCUUCAACGAAGACAAUAAGACGAAAAUAUGGGAUUACACUUACAUUCCUUUCGGUGACGGUCCUCGCAUUUGCAUUGGAAUGCGCUUCGCCAUGAUUCAAAUCAAAAUAGCCCUGUCACUGAUUCUGCGCCACUUCGACAUACCUCUCAGCACAAAAACGCUCCUACCAAUGAAAAUGGAAACAUCAGGAAUAAUUCUCGCCCCCAUUGGAGGAAUUUGGUUGGACUUAAUACCGUUAAAAUAAAACUAUUUUGAUAAAUU